CAUUUAGCCUGCGCUGCUGUGUGUUAUAAUGGCAGCUCAACCGCAGCGUUAGCAUCAAUGCUAAAGUGAAACAAUGCGACGCGUUCAUUAAUUAACUGGAUGAUGAUUCAGCUUCAUUAACGAGCUAAUUAGCAGCCGGAGUAAGAACAGCUGACAGCUAGCUUCGCUCCCAACAACAACACGGAAUCCCUGCGUUUGUUGCUCAGUCCGCAGACGCACAUUUUACCGCAAGAAGCGCACAUUUAAAAAGUGUGCAAAUGGAAACAAAUGCGCCGAAAAGACGAGACAACAAGAAGUCUCUGCGGGUGAAGGUGAUCAGCCUCGGGAACGCCGAGGUGGGAAAGAGCUGCAUCAUCAAGCGUUACUGUGAGAAGAGGUUCGUCCCGAAGUAUCUGGCCACCAUUGGCAUCGACUACGGCGUCACCAAAGUGCAGGUACGAGACCGAGAAAUCAAAGUGAACAUCUUCGACAUGGCCGGACACCCCUUCUUCUACGAGGUGAGGAACACCCGUCUUCUUCUGUGGUGUCUUCUUCUGUGGUGUCUUCUUCUGUGGUGUCUUCUUCUGUGGUGUCAUCUGUCUUCUUCUGUGGUGUCUCAGGUGCGUAAUGAGUUCUAUAAGGACAGUCAGGGCGUUCUUCUGGUUUACGACGUCGGUCUCAGAGAAAGCUUCGACGCCCUCGACUCCUGGCUCGGCGAGAUGAAGCAGGAAAUGGGAUCGCAGGCCAACAUGGACAGCAUCGUGUUCAUCGUCUGCGCAAACAAGGUGGACCUGACGAAGCGGCGGGUGGUGGACGAAGGCGAGGGCCGUCUGUGGGCGGAGUCUAGAGGGUUCCAUUACUUUGAGACGUCGGCGCAGAGCGGCGAAGGCAUCAACGAGAUGUUUCAGGCCUUCUUCUCCUCCAUCACCGACAUGUGCGAAAAUGGCGGGAAGCGCCCGGCCACCGAAGUCAGCGUGGGCUUCACCAAGGAGCAGGCCGACACCAUCCGACGCAUCCGCAACAGCAAGGACUCCUGGGAUAUGUUGGGCGUGAAGCCCGGCGCCACACGGGAGGAGGUGAACAAGGCGUACAGGAAGCUGGCGGUUCUGCUGCAUCCAGAUAAAUGUGUGGCUCCGGGCAGCGAAGACGCCUUCAAGGCGGUGGUGAACGCCAGAACGUCGCUGCUCAAGAACAUCAAAUAACACAAAGCCUGGACUGCAGACUCACCGUUGCUUCUGUGUUUAUCGUCUUGUGCCAUGUUGCUUUGCCACAGUUCUGUCUGCCAACCGCCGGGUCAACCGGGUUAACUCACCCAGUUUAACUCAUUUGUCUGCAAACCGGAGUCGGACGGAGGCUGAGCAGGGACAAACCUCGCUGAUGGGAACGUUUGUGAAGCUCAGACUGUGAAAUAGUGUUGAAGUGUGACGAUGCGAAAGUUUCUGAAAUCAGAAUUUAAAGUUUGGAUUUUAGUUUGAGACAAAAGACAGAUUCCAGAGUUGAAGUGAGAAGAUGUUUGGUCACGUUUAGUCUGAACACUGAUGUUCACUGAACAUCAACGUCUGCAUGUUUAAGUCCAGCGUUUUCAGCCUUCGUCUUCUGCUUGUGGACCAACACCAUGAAAGUUUAGUUCUGGAUCCAUUUCCAGAACCAACACUUCUAAAGCCAAAUCAGAACAAGUUGGAGUCGUGAAUCAUCAGAAAUUCACAUUAAAACAUGGUCUUGGUCCAAACCUGCCAAAUCCUGAACCAGAACCAAAUGAAUCCGGUUCCGUUAUUUAUCUGUAACUCAAGACGGUUUUCUGCUCAUUUAUUAUCAUUUAUGAGACUUUUCCUUCAGUUUCUUUUCACUGAAGUCACGUCGUUGUCCAGAGUCUGGAUUUGUUCCUGAAAUGUAUUUAUUGUUGUUAUUAUUAUUAUUAUUAUUAUUAUUAUUAUUUAUUCUGUCAAACUGGUUGUUUGUUUCAUACUAAUUUAAACUUGUUUCAUCAAAUCAUUUAUUCCUGUCUUUGAUCUUAAAUGUGGACGUGUGAUGGACGGGUUCCCUGACGGGACUCAGUUCUGAGUUUUAACUCCAUGUUUUUAGUUCCUGAAACUGUUCAACUUUUUAUUCUUUAAAAUGGUUCUUUCCUUUGGUGACUCAGUUGUUCCCUGUAGUGACUCA